CUUGGGUUCCGCAGCCCUGGGAUACUCUAACCGUCGUGCCGAAAACCAGAACCUACCCGUCACUACCUGGUCCCACACAUCCCACCUCGUCUAUACUUGCUCUUCCGUAGCUCAGAACAUCACCUACCAUGCUAUAUCCUACCUAGGCUUAUACCAUCUAUACCUACUAUCUUGAUGUAAUAUCUUUGCUUCGCCUCAGAAGCUUCCUUUGCUGUUUCAACUUGCUCUUUGAGAUAAGCCAUUGGGAGGCCUCUAUACCACCUCCAUAACAACCUCGGCGUCAUUUUUCUUCACAUUAUCACAUUAUCGGCAUCGCUAUAUUCAGCCGCGUGACGUAAACAACCCGCAACUCAUACAAAAUGUCCAAUAAUAGGUCACGACUGAAACGUCCACGUCAACCCCACAAGGACACCUCGGCCGCAGUAGGGUUAGCCGGAGCGCCGCAGCCGCAAGGACGCUAUGACAUUGUUGAAGACUGGCUAAAACGGACAGCGAGGACGAUUUCCUACCCUCGGCCGGGUACGUCACAAGGACAUGGAAGUGAAGGCCCACGCAAUAGCUUCCCGUGUGAACCACUUAAUGCGACGCCCCCAUACAAUAAACGCCCUAGGCGUGUAGAUCCGAGAUGGAGUCCUCGUUACGACUUUCCUCGUAAUUGUACACACCAAUUAGGUUCUCCAUUUAACACCCCGGCCCAGAAGAAUUCGAGCAAGCCUACGCGAAGGCGGAUAGCCCUUAGCGAUAGUUCGUUCAUAAGUGGGUUUGAAAAUACCAUGAAGCCUCCUAGUCCUACUCCUGACUCCACUCGAGAGGAUCAUAUGGACAGUGCAACUUCCAAACUUCCGAAAGACGCAGCUUUGUGGCCUCUCGAUGCCUCAUCGGCCACAUCUCAUGCAGACGAACGGCGGAACUUCGAGAAGAAGCCUAGGAGAAAGACCAGGGAGGACAAAUAUGAAAUGAAGAAAAGAGAACACAGCCAUAAAGAGAGACACGCCAUGCCCCGUAGUAAUCAUCAUCACCGGGACAAAAUGCGCAAGAAAACUGAGAAGAGGAAGUCCAUGGCAUCUAGCAAAAACGUCAUGGAUAAUUUCACCUCCAAUGCCGUUCUCAAUGACCGCAUUACGGUUCAGCCACAUCUCAAGCCUGGCCUAUUUGACAAUGGAAGGACAUCAACAAAACAGCCAAUAUCCGAUUUGACCUUCUCUGGCAUGCAGUUUCUAAAGAAUCAGAGUAAUACUGCUGGACCAAAAGCAGUAUCUAAGUCCCGCUUAAGAGAAAAGCGAAGGGAAGACAGAGAAAUGGAGGAAGUAUCGUCCUUUUUUCUACCGCCUAAAGCUGAUAGAAACACUCAUAAGCUAGGACCUCGUGAGCCAGAUACUGGUAGAAACUAUCAACAAAUGACACACGGCGUUGAUCGGCUCACGUCCGCUCGUAAUAAACAGCCUUCUAGUUUUUCACCUAUAGGCCGCCGUGAACAUGCGUAUGACCGUGCAUCUCAAGCUAGACAUGAGACUAUUAAUUCUACCAGAACACACUCUCUUGGAUCAAUUACAGACGGAAAUAACGCAGGCAGAGGUACGACAUACCUAACAUGGUCUAGUAGUCGCCACUCGCCACAUAUCAAUGGAGGAGACAACCAUUCAAGCCCUAGUGCAUCAGGUUUAGUCCGAGCCGCGAUUCCCAAAUCAAUGGGAAGAGAUCCAUUAGGAACCGGAGAAUACCACAACGUUGAGUUUCCUUCAGAUGAUGAUCGCCCAGCCAAACCGAGCAGAGGAAGGGAAAUGUUUGAGACAGAAGUAUCCAACGUUCGAUACCCUGAAUCAGAGGACGUCUGUCGCGGUUUACAUCAGGAGUCUAUCAGAACCCAUAAGGUAAGGUAUCCAGAUCAAGCUGUAAUGACCGAAGAUCCUUUUAAAUUCGCAGGAUUACCGGAAGCCAUUCAAGUAGCACAAGACUAUCAUGGGUCUAAAUCUCCUGGAGAGCAGAACCUGCACGUAUCGCAUGCCUCUAACAGCAUUGAUCGUCAGCAAAUUAUGAGAGAAGUCCGUCUCACCCCUAUCGAAAGGGGUAAUUCAAAACAGCCUAUCGAGUUUCCAAGUUGCUUAAAUAGUAUGCCUACUACAGCCCACGGUCGCCCCGAGAUUACAAAUACACACACAAUUAAACGCUCGGAGAAGCAUGAACAGCAUGCGAAAGAUGAAGCGUCUGUAACCUCUAGGGAUGCGAUGCCUCCUCCGCCUAAACCGUAUGGUAGAAACACUUCUCUAGCAGCGACCCACGAUAAUAUAGAAUUUAGUGCACCAGAACAAGAUGCGGCUCCGGCUAAUUCAGAAGCCUCACAAGUUCCUCUUGUAAACGACUUCCGGGAACCCCUCGAAAGAUAUAGCCAGACUUUGUAUGAAUCAGUCGCCAGCAAUGUAUAUACCCCGUCGGCUCCUAGUAGCGCUACCUGGGCACCUCAAAGCAGGCCGUCAGCCUCUACAGUAGAAAGGGGAAUCCUAUCGCGACCGAGUACAAACUCCCCUGCCUACGUGAAUCAAGAUGAAGGGAAGUUAAGCAGGGGCUCGUAUCAAAGAAACUUUAUUGAACCACGGGAAUUUGAGACCAUAGCCGAAUUCAUUGCCAGGAUAGAAAACGAGUCGAAGUGGCAAUACACCCCAUGUGGAAAUAGUAUAUCAGGUUUAGGAGAGACAGCACCGGACUCAUUUCCAAACGAUACAGGGCUAUCUCACGAACAUCCUAUAGCUUGCAAUAUCGAAAGAGAGGCACCUCCCAACUUAACCCCUAAUUUCCACUUCAAUGAUGUUGAUAUAGGGAGGCCGAGGACAAGUGAACUAUGCGAAGGGGGUAUAUAUACCGAAACGCCUUCUAACAAGCACAGGGUUAGUACUCCCAGCAUCAUACCUGGCGUCGUACAACCGUCGGAGGAAUUCGUGGAGGAGUAUUUCGAAAUGUCAAACUUCUGGCGUCCAAAUCGAUUUUUUCGAUUCUGAUAUAUACUAUACGUCAAAAGAUUAGCAUCCUAUUCCCAUG